ACAAUUUCUUAUCUGGAAAGCCCCAGGUCUUGAGCAUUCUAUAUAACAGAUCCUAUAGCUGUAUUACACAUUCUUUUCAGGCAUAUAUAUACAGUAUAUUAUGUGAUUGUCCCAAAAUAUUUUUAUGUUUUGUUCUCUCUCCACAAAUCCUACAAAUCUCUCCAGGCAGAGCAGCAGCACUGCACAACACCAGAAUCCCGUUACACUGUGUGUACCUUUAAUUGGUUGAAAGUUUAGUCAUGUGACUGCACCUCUCUACGCGAUAAAGAACUUUCUAAAGUAUCUGCAGGCAGAAGAGAUAAGUGUACGAUGCGUCUACUGAUUCCUCUGCUCUCCGUCCUAUUAAUGUCACUCCGGCUCCUUGGGACAGCGGUAUAUCCUUCUGGCCAGAUAAAUAAACCACUUAACGACACUGCCACAUUUCACCAUGGUUUCGAGUUGGGCGCCAAAACAUUUUGCACCAUUUGGAUGACCAGCCAAGGCGAACCAAGAGAAGUAGCAGAAUACAGGAACGAUCAUUUCCAAGUAACCAACGAGCAGUUCCAGGCAAGCACCGUAUUCAUGAAAUCUACAUUAAAAAUCCAGAACCUGACAAUGAAUGACAGUGGGAUUUAUGAUAUAUCCUGCUGGUACGCUCCUAAUCCUGCCAAAAGGCGAAGGGUGUUUAAACUUACUGUUUAUGAACCAGUGCAACAGCCCGUUAUUAAAACAAAGUGCCAAUGUGGAUACAUCGACUGUAACUGCACUCUGCAUUGUCAGGAUCCAACAAACUCAUCCUCUGCCCACUGGGUUAUUUUACACAACUCAAAGCCUGUCAACAAUUCUGCCCACAAACGUACAAUCUGGACCCUGCUCGGGGAUACAUGUGGAAACAUUAAGUACAUGUGUGUGCUACAGAACCCGGCUGAUCAGAAAAAUGCUUCCGUUGGCUUCUGGCAACUCUGUUCUACUUCACGUUACAGUGAAUUCCUUUGCAUGUGUUGGGCUUAUCAAAAAGCAGUGAUAAUUGGGAUUAUGACUGUGAUUGUGGCUGUCGUGAGUAUCCUGGCUCGCUUCAUAUUCAAGAAAAUAAAAGAAGCCGUGUUAAGGAAGCUCCGUGGCUAUUUUCCAUCUUGGAGAACUGAAGUCGAUAACCAAAAUAAAGAAGGCAGACUGGGUGAUAUGGAAAUGACAUCUGUAAAGAGCAAGCUAAAGGAUAAUACCGUGUUAAGGAAGCUCCGUGGCUAUUUUCCAUCUUGGAGAACUGAAGUCGAUAACCAAAAUAAAGAAUGCAGAAUGGGUGAUAUGGAAAUGGCAUCUGUAAAGAGCCAGCUAUUGGAUAACACUGGCUGAUAUGAACACGAGUGAAGAAACAUGCACCUUUACUCCAAUGAGGGGAUCCUUAUGAGCAACAUGUUUUAGGCCAGUGAUCCUUAACAAUAAGGACCGGGGAAAUGAAAACAACAUGUUAAUGCUAUAAUAUAACGGUCAAGACUUCAAUGGACCCAUGUUCUAUCAAACUGGACUUGCUUGACUGACAGAUCCUUAAAAGGAAUCUGUUUUCCAAUGAACUUUAUUCAGGCUGUGGCCAAAGUUUCAUUGACUGAGCAUUGAUAUCUACUGAGAAGAGGAUUAUUCUUAUUUGUAGAUCUCCAUCUUCAGAUGAUGUUCAUCUUUUUUUUACUCUUGUCUUUAAUAUGGGGACUGAAAACCUGAGCAAACCUGUGCAACUGAGACAGACAUAGCUCCAUCUUUAUAAGAUUUAGUCGCUGAGUUGCACAUUCCUGUACAGAGUAUAAUGCACAUUAUCCCUGUACUCAUAAACGGUAUUAAUUUAUUGUGAUUAAUAUGAUUGAGGUCCAUGGAAAACACUGUUGAACUGGGGUGUGAAGUGCCCACAAAGGCUGCCACCUCAGGGACCACCCACCCUAGAGGACUCAAAGACGACCCCCACCCUUCCUCAUUGUGUUAUGUUAUGACAUUUUUAAAAUGCAAAUGCUAUCAUAUUUUGUUAGGGUUUUUUCAUUUUUUUCACUAAAUUUCACAUUUUUUAAAACCAUAAUUUUAAUGUAUGACUAUUAGCAAAAAAUACCACAAAAAAUGUGAAUUUUGAUAAAUAACCCACUAAGGGCCGCUGACACUCUGUCUGGAAAAGAAUGCUAUUGAGCUGAAAACCUCAGUCUAAAACUGAUAUUUCAGAAAACACUAAAAAUACAAAUUGAGGCAAACAGAAAAUCAAUUUUUGGGGUUUUGACCUCCUUUUUAAAAAUAUCUGUGAAAUUCAGAAAGAUGCUGUGUAUGACUUGGUAUUAACUACUCCUUACACCUCAUUCUACCAAUAAGAGUAUUGUAGCCCUGCCAGUUGCUAUAGAUUUGAAUUCAAACCUAUUUACAUUUGCUUCUCCACCAGAAAAAAUGAAAUGUUGGGAGAGAUGGGAGUCUAGAAAGCUUUUAUGUGUAGGAACAUUUGGCCUGGUCUCAGGAAAGGAGUUUUGUUACAAUGAUCUUGUUACAAUGAUUCCAAUUUGGACAGAGACUGUAAAGAUGUGAUCUCAAUGGAUAAAAGGUGGGUGCUCCCCCAAUUGUGUAAAUAGUUAGGGAUUUUGCAUGAGCAGCCUGAACGUUCCCACUGGGUUUAGAAAAGGGGGUAAUUACCGGGCAUUUGGGAGGGGUUGUAUGCCUCUCUGGUUGGGCAGUUCUCUAUGUAGAACAGAAGUGUACCCAUGUUGAUGUCUUGGUUGGACUCUAUAUAGGUUUAUGCCUAAAUGAUCUGUAGUUUAAAUUGGCUGCAAGACAAAGAUCAUUUUUUUUAUAUAUCUUUUAAUAAAAACUACAUGAAUUUUUAUUUCAAAAUAUCCUGGCAA